GAAGAAGCAGAUGCCAUGGUCCGGAUCCUCGAGCAGGAUGCCCACAGCGCAUGCGAGUUUGCUCAGCGCAGGCUUUUGGAUGAGAUGCAGAUGCAGAUGGCCUUGUGGGCUUCCGCUGAGGCUGCUGGCGAAGGUGCUUCAGAUAGCGAUCAGCUUCAAGUGGCAGCUUCUCAGCCCGAGCUCUCCCAGACGCAGGCGACACUCCUUGCGGCAGCUGAGGAGGGCAAUGCAUCCCAGCUCCUCGUGGCACUGGCUGAGGCCAAAAAAUUCAGCGUGGUCUCCAUCUCCCUGGAGGAAGCUGCCAAGGGCUUGCGAGAGUCGGAGGAGGCGAUGCUGACCUGGCGAUGCCUGCGGAGAGCCCUCAGGGAGAAGGACCGACACGACAUCGAGGUUUGGAAGGAGCACGCCGCGAGCCUCGGCCUGGAAGUGCCCGAAGUGCUAGAACAGGUGCUGGAGGCCCUGCGUGAGCAGGAGCAGGAGCUCCUCCGAAACCUGGAGAAGCGCCGGGAUCUGGAGCAGAGGCUCGAGUUCGCGGAGGAGUGCGGGGACGCGGAGCUUCUGGAGCAGGUCCGUCGAGAGGCUGCCCUCCUGGGCAUCCAUGGAGGCCGGACGCAUGGCUCGCAAGCGCGGAAAGAGCAGGACGCUCGUGAGGAGGAUGCGUCCGAGCCGCGGCCACCGCCGCCGCCACCGCCGCCACCGCCGCCCUCGUCUGGUGCUGGAUCCAGCGCGGAGGACCCGGACCCGAGGAGUACGCGGGAGCUGCUGGAAGAAUGCAGAAAGCGUGGGCUGGACACUGCUGGGUGUCAAGUCAGGGAAGACCUCUUGAAUUUGCUACGCGCCCAGCCGAGCCAGGGAGGCUCAACUUCCUCGGCCUCGCAGCCUCAGGCCGAGGGUCAGCAGAGGCCGCUGCCGAGAGCCACUGCGACAAAGGUGCAGCCGCCUCCGCAGGCGAUGGGAACUGUUUGGGACCGGAGAGUCGUGCCUCCGCGGUAUAUGAUCCACAAAAGAUACGAGGCCCUCUUCCUGCUCGGCCUUGAGCCUGGCCGCCUCCCCUCAACCUCUGAGCUGCG